CAAUUACUUAUAACUCCUUCCCUAUAAAAAGACAUCAACUAGACCAUAUCUUAUGCAACUUCAAAAAUCAAAAUCAUAGCAUAAAUUAAUUCCUAGAGUUGAGUAAUUAAAAUAUGGCUAUUGUACCUAGCAAACGCCUUGUUCUUAUUGUAUUUUUGUUGCUUUGCUUCAUCUCAACCAUCGCUCGAGCUAGAAAUUUGAGAGAGAUCACUAAAGAAGGAGUUGAAAAGGGUCAAAGUAGUGAGUUUAAGCCAAACCAUGAAGUGGCACAAACACAAGAGAAAAAUGAUGAUUUGUUGGAUACAAUGGACUACACACCUGCAUCAAAGAAUCCACCAAUUCAUAAUUAAAGUCCCCUUGUAUUUUUUUUUUCCUUAGAACAAUUUUUGGUAGAAAAAAGCACCAAUCCAUUCCACAUGUGCUUAAUUGCCCUGCAAUUCUCUCUAUGAACUUCAAAGUAUAUAGAUAGAUAUAUUUUGAACUUUCAAGAUAAGGAAAUCCACACUUAAAUCAUAGAUUUUUGUGGAGGAGAAAUUAAGCACUAGUCUAGUUGAUGCUUAAUGAUAUAUUUAGAACUCAUCACUUGUAAAUAUAUAGUUUUUGAAGUUAUGAGAAUAUGAGAGCAUAUAUACAAAUAGGAUUUGUCAGAGCUAAUUUUAAUAUAUUCUUUAGUCACCAAAAAUAGAAGCUUAAUAUAUUUACCUUACCUUAUGCAAACAUAUAGAUUGGACUAUAUGUACAUCCAUAAUCAAUUUUAAAAUAAAAGCUUGCCUUGUGGAGAAAAAA